AUGCAUGAGCGUACGCCCCCCUCAACUCCCCAAGACACAGAGGCCGACACAACCGUCGAAGAAACCACCGAGCCAGUCCUCCAACUAGCCCGCACAUUCUCUCUAACUCGUACAUUCUCCGCCCUCUCAACCAACACCAACCCAUUCGUCGCUCAAGAUUCCCGCCUUGACCCCAAGUCCCCAGACUUCCAACCUGAAUCAUGGGUCAAAGCUCUCCUUCACGCUUUUUCCAAAGACCCGAGUAAGCAUCCGCGGUAUACAGCUGGCGUAUCCUGGCGCAAUCUUAGUGUGCAUGGAUUCAGCGAUCCGACUGAGUUUCAGAAAGAUGUCUUCAAUGUUAUUUGGAGAAGUCCCCUUGCUGCGCUUGAUUGGUUUGCGAAGAGGAAGCAGAAGGUCAAGAUUAUCUCGGAUUUUGAUGGGCUUGUUAAGAGUGGAGAGUUGCUUCUUGUUCUGGGUCGUCCGGGGAGUGGCGUUUCUACACUUCUCAAGACAAUCGCUGGACAUACUCACGGGCUACAUCUCGACGACGCAUCCGAGUUCAACUACCAAGGUAUCCCUUGGGAUCUAAUGCACCGCAACUUCAGAGGAGAAGUAAUCUACCAAGCCGAAACAGACAUCCACUUCCCCCAACUGACCGUCGGCGAUACCCUCCUCUUCGCAGCCCUCGCCCGCACGCCCCAGCAUAUCGUCGCCAACAUAUCCCGCCACGUCUACGCUGAACACAUGAGAGACGCUGUGAUGGCCAUGUUCGGUAUCUCCAACACCCUCAACACCAAAGUAGGAGAUGAUUUUGUUAGAGGUGUUAGUGGCGGUGAGAGAAAGAGGGUUAGUAUUGCAGAGGCGAUUCUGAACCAGAGCGCCAUUCAAUGUUGGGAUAAUAGCACGAGGGGACUGGAUAGUGCCACGGCGUUGGAGUUUGAGUUCGAUAAAGUCCUCCUCCUGUACGAAGGCCGCCAGAUCUUCUUCGGCCCGACAAGCGAAGCGACACGAUACUUUACCACGAUGGGCUUCGAAUGCCCUCCGCGCCAAACAACCGCCGACUUCCUAACAUCCCUCACGAACCCCGAUGAACGGAUCGUGAGACCUGGCUUUGAGAAUAAAGUACCUCGCAGUCCCGAUGAAUUUGCCGACGAGUGGAGAAUGAGCCAGCAUAGGGCUUCGCUUCUCAGUGAUAUCGCUGCAUUUGAGAUCCAGUAUCCUCUCGAUGGUAAACAAGUUGAGACUCUGAAGGAUAUUAGAAGGGCCCAGAAGGCUAAAUUUACAUCUGACAAAAGCCCCUUUACCAUCUCGAUCCCGAUGCAGAUCCAGCUGUGUAUUGGUCGAGGUGUCAAGAGACUUCUCGGUGACAAGACCUUCUUCGUUGUUACGAUUGCAGUCAACUUUGUCAUGUCGCUUGUUCUUGGCAGUGUUUACUUCAACCUACCUAGCACGGCCGAGGCUAUGAACCAACGGGCCUCGGUAAUCUUCUUCGCUAUAUUGUUCAACGGCCUCAGCAGUGCUCUGGAAAUCCUUGCUCUCUAUGUCCAGCGCCCGAUCGUCGAGAAGCACGCAAGAUACGCUUUAUACCGCCCUCUUUCCGAGUCCGUCUCUUCCAUCAUCUGCGAUCUACCAUCCAAGAUCAUUUCAACCCUCGCCUUUAAUAUUCCGUUAUACUUUAUGGUGCACCUCCGUCGCGAUGCCUCAGCCUUCUUUAUCUUUCUCCUCUUCGGUUUCACCACUACCAUGACAAUGUCGAUGAUCCUUCGAACCAUCGCCCAGUCUUCCAAGACAGUCCAUCAAGCCCUCGUCCCCGCUGCCAUCUUCAUCAUCGGCUUGGUCAUCUACGCUGGAUUCGUCCUCCCUAUUCGAAGCAUGAAGGGUUGGCUCAGAUGGAUCAACUACGUCAACCCAAUCGCUUACGCUUACGAAUCUCUGAUUGCGAAUGAGUUCUCGGGUAGGUCUUUUGGAUGUCAGACAAUGAUACCUUCUGGUCCGGGGUACGAGAAUAUCGAGCCGAUGCAGCGAACAUGUUCCGUUGCUGGUGCUCUGCCAGGUCGAGGUUAUAUCGACGGUGACUUUUUUAUUGGAACUGUUUACAGAUACUACUACUCGCACCUUUGGAGGAACUACGGCAUCCUGAUCGCUUUCAUCAUCUUCUUCACCUUCACCUAUCUCUUUGCGGCGGAGUACUUCUCACCUGAAGCCUCCAAGGGUGAGAUCCUGGUAUUUCGCAAGGGCCAGGGCCCUCAGCGCAAAGGGGCAUCAGACGAAGAAGCCGUCAGUUCAGAUUGCCAGCCUCCGCGAGCGGCUAGCGACGACACGGUAAACCCACCGACUGAGAAACCAUCAAGUUCUUCGACGUUUUGCUGGAGGAAUGUCUGCUAUGAUGUGAAGGUGAAGGGGGAGACGCGCCGCAUUCUCUCGGACGUUUAUGGUUGGGUUCAACCAGGAAAACUGACUGCUUUAAUGGGUGCCACUGGAGCUGGCAAGACCACGCUUCUCGAUGUGUUAGCUGAUCGGGUCACCAUGGGUGUCAUCACUGGCGACAUCCUUGUGAAUGGACUACCUCGAGGCAAGUCAUUCCAGAGAACCACGGGAUACGUGCAGCAGCAAGACAUCCACCUCGAGACAUCUACCGUUCGGGAGGCCCUCCGUUUCAGUGCAGUUCUCAGACAACCGACUGCCAUUUCCAUGCAAGACAAGAUUGACUAUGUUGAAGAGGUGAUCAACUUAUUGGAGAUGGGUCCUUAUGCAGAUGCUGUUAUCGGAGUUCCAGGUAAAGGUCUCAACGUAGAGCAAAGGAAGCGUCUUUCCAUUGGUGUCGAGCUAGUCGCCAAACCCGAAGCCCUCAUCUUUCUUGACGAACCUACCUCUGGCCUCGAUAGUCAAACAGCAUGGGCAAUUGUAUCCCUUCUCAAGAAGCUCGCGGACCACGGGUUAGCUAUCCUGUGUACCAUCCACCAACCAUCCGGCAUCAUCUUUCAGCAAUUUGACCGACUCUUACUUCUGGCAAAAGGUGGCAGGACUGUUUACUUUGGCGACAUUGGUGAUAAUACCACCGCCCUGACUGGAUACUUUGAGAAGCAUGGUGCUGUACCUUGCCGAUCAGAGGAGAAUCCUGCUGAGUGGAUGCUGCAUGUGAUUGGUGCUGCACCGGGUGCUCAUACGGAUCAUGACUGGGUCGAGACGUGGAAGGCUAGCUCUGAGUUCGACGGUGUGCAGAAGGAGCUUGGCAACUUAAGUCAGUCGAGGCAUGUCUCUAGCGAAGCAGACACAGAGGAUACCUCUUACGCUGCUUCGAGUCUUUUCAUCGGCCUCUCUUUCCAGAACUCCCCACUCUCUCUCCAAGGUCUCCAGAACCAACUCUUCUCGAUCUUCAUGCUCCUCGUAAUCUUCGCAUUCUUAACCUACCAAACCAUGCCCGGUUUCGUCACCCAACGCACGCUGUACGAAGGCCGUGAAAGCUCUUCCAAAACAUAUGCUUGGUAUAACCUUAUUCUCGCCAACACGGUCAUCGAAAUGGCUUGGAAUUCUGUGGCAUCUUUGGUAGUCUAUCUUCCGUUUUACUUUCUCGUUGGUAUGUAUGAUAAUGGUCGUAUUACGGAUACACAGCAUGAAAGAGGAUCCUUCAUGUUUCUCUUGACGUGGGCUUUUAUGGUGUAUGAGGGGACUUUCUCGCAUAUGUGUGUCGCUGGGGCGCCGACUGCUGAGGUUGGAGCGACCUUUGGUUUGUUCCUGUUUAUGAUGUCUCUUGUGUUCUGCGGUGUUCUCGUCCCAUAUUCGGGCCUCCCCGGAUUCUGGACCUUCAUGUACCGUGUUUCCCCGUUGACAUACCUCAUCGGUGCCAUGAUCUCGAACGGCGUCGGUAGGCAAGAGGUCACCUGCUCAGAAAUUGAGUUUCUGCAGUUCCAAACUCCAGCGAACCUCACUUGCGGUGAGUAUGUCGGACAGUUCGUUCAGGCGGUGGGCGGUGCGCUAUCAAACCCAGGAUCGAACCAGACUUGCCUCUACUGUCCGAUUGCGUCAACCGAUACAUACCUUGGAACUCUCAGUAUUCGAUACAGUGAGAGAUGGAGAAACUUUGGUCUGCUGUGGGCCUUUAUUUUGUUCGAUAUCGUUGCAGCAUUAGGAGCAUAUUGGUUGAUCAGGGUGCCCAAGAAGGGAACGGGAUUAUUGUUUUGGAAGAAGUAG